AUGAACUACAUUUACCAACUCACUCAAGCUGCCACUACGGCUGUUCUUGAGAAAUCUGGCAGGAAUCUCCCUUUCUCACUCGGUGCUGCUACCGGCAAGCAUUCCAUCUGGGAUACCUUUGAGGGCGAGAAAAGAGACGACAGCUCCCCGCUUACUAUAUUCGUCUAUAACAAACACGCAAAUCAGAGAUAUACCCAGCUCGCUACAAACGCAAUGAGGAAGCUGCGUACACUCAGGCACCCACAAAUACUCAAAUUCAUCGACGCUAUAGAAACUGACUCAAUGAUAUACAUUGCAACUGAGAGAGCCACGCCGCUUUCGAAAUUCCUCCCUUCCGAUGACACGAUUUGGCUCACUUGGGGGCUACAGAGUGUAUCACAGGCUUUGGCAUUCUUGCACACUCUCACACACUCUAUACAUGGCUCUGUGUCUAGCGAUAGCGUUUUCGUAUCCCACUCCGGCGAAUGGAAGCUUGGCGGGUUCGAGUUGUGUACAACGCAGACUGAGCUGAGUAAUGGUAUUCUGGAGAGCAACUACGACUCGAAACUGGCUGCACCCGAAGCCAGGCAGGGCUUUGAUGCCAUUCCAACCAACCCUGUUUCCAGCCUCGACUCAUUCAGCUUGGCACUGCUUAUCAGCCAGCUAUACAACCCCACAAAACCACUCCCCGUAGACUUAACAGCCGCGCCUGCACCAAAUAGCAGAGGUAUGAUACCAACCAGUCUAUUCAACUCGUACCGCAAACUCCUCAACCCAUCACCGAAGAAUAGAAUCUCAGUAGACACUUUCUUGCACCUUGGAAAGAACACACAGGAAACUCAAAACGGAGCGUUCUUCACGCAAAACCCUCUGAUCGAGUUGUGCCAAGGAUUGGAAAUGUUCAGCCUUAUGAGACAGACGGAAAGGGUAGUAUUCCUCAAAAACCUAUCGCACCUCCUCAACUACGAUAACUCUAAUGAGGGUAUACUAGGUGAGAAUAGAGUGUCAAUACCAAACUCGCUAGCAAUACACAGAAUACUACCAACAUUAGUCCAUUCGGUUGAGUACAUGACAGCGGGUGAUUCAGCCCCUUCACUCGUACCUCUGAUUGUUAGAAUAGGUAUGCGUCUAAGCACGGAAGACGAGCGCAGCACAGCCAUCAGCAAGCCUCUGCUAAGGCUAUGGAUGAGUCCAGACCGAGGAACGCGCAUGGCGCUACUCGAAGAUCUCGAGCGGUAUAUAGAUGUGCUAUCGAACAAGAUAGUAAUCAACGAGCUAUGGCCACAUCUGCUUACUGGAUUCAACGAUACCGCUGCUGUUAUUAGGGAAGCUACCAUCAAAGCCGUCCCGCUCCUACUGCCGAAACUCUCCGACAGAAUCAUCAACAAUGAGCUCCUCAAGCAGCUAGCUAAGGCACAGCUAGACCCUGAGCCUAGCAUCCGCACCAACACGUGCAUCUUGAUCGGUAAACUUACUCCCAAAUUGUCCCUCACGACGCGCAAGAAGGUCCUAGUUGCAGCGUGUGCACGCGCCAUGAAGGACAGCUUCCCGCCAGCCAGAGCAGCCGGUCUGCGCACGUUGCUAGCUACAGUAGAUGACCAAGAAGAAACAGACUUAGCGACGAGGGUGUUGCCGACGAUAUGUCCCUGCCUUCUCGACAAGGAGAAGAGCGUUCGCGAUCAGGCGUUUGAAGUACUCAGGAAUAUCGUUGACAGAAUCGAAAAUAUAGCCUCUAAGAUGCCAGAAACGGUUGUUAAGCCAGACGAAGAAAUUGAUUACAGCUACAGCGGCACUGCUGGUAAAUCCUUUUUAGGCGACGAUCAGCUGGGUAGUGCUGCAACAGCGAUAGCCGGCUGGGCAUUCGGAACAUCGACGACGAGCAAAAAGCUCGAAGCCAGCGAGGCUACUACAGCGAUGUCGUCAGCAGGUCCAGAAGCUGCGGCGAGCAUGCCUUCUCCAAUGCUACCAACGCAAUCUACACCCCAGCUCGAUAAACCGAUGUCGUCUGGAGGAAUGAAACUGGGCAGCAACAAACCCUCACCCUCUCCAUUGCCUUUCGAGGACGACGAAGGCGGGUGGGGAGAUCUCGAAGAACCUAAGAGCAUACCAAGCAUACCCGAGAUGCAUGCGUCAAAUACAUCUGUAUCUGCUCCAACCAGACAGGCUGGUAGUGCACCAGCAGCACCUUCACUUCAGCCGAUAAAACCAACUAACACUGGCAGCAUGGCCAGACCAGGGUUAGGUGCACCAUCACCAGCGCUGAAUCGAGCUAAUACCACCAAUAACGCACCAACUGAAAGCCACAUCAGUGUCCAGAAAUCACACUCUUUGCAUACACUCUCCCCAUCCCCAUCCAGCCCAUCAACACCACUCAGUAAAGAAGAAAAAGCGCAAGAUCUCGCUCGCAAGAGAGAAGAGAGAGCACAGAAGAUCGCCCAAAUCAAGGCUGCGAAGGCUGCUGCAACUGCCAACACUGGUACACUUAUCUGA